UGGAAGUUUCACUUUCUUAAAGUUGUACGUGUGAUUGAAAACUGUGUUGCAUCGACAAGUUAUCAUUUAUAAACGUCUAAUGACGGCAGUACAUUUGUUGACUUGCUUUACGAAUUCCUUUUCUCUUUUCCCUUCCCCUUCUUUUUAAUUUUUUGGAUACUUGUUGUAUCAGUGCUAGGUUAUGGAUUAUGAUUAUCGAAUACGAUAAUACGAGUUGAUAGUUCCAAAUUAUUUUUCCGGGAUUGCAAUAAAGAUGAAGUAAAUGAAUCCGGUUAUGUGAAUUGACGAAUAGUUGAAGUCAUUGCUAAGUAUUCAAAGUGAAAACAUUUGAUCCACCUCUAAUUAUGGAUAAUUCGCACAAGCAAGAGUACAUCAAUAGUGAACAAGAUCAUGUAAACAUUAUAAACAUGAAAAUUCCUAAAGAAUCGGAUGUAAAUGUAUUAUACACAACCCAAGUAGAUUUUACAAAUCAACAAGAUGAAAUAGCCAAAAAGAUUUCAAUGCUAAAACAACUAUUGGAAAAGGAUCUCAAAGCAGCUGAUUUAAAAUGGUCAUUAUUUGUAGCAGCAUGUAACACGUAUCGUUAUGAUACUUGUUUGAAACCCUUCCCACCAAUGUAUAUCAAAAGCGAAUGCAAAGACAUUGAAGCUUUGAGAAAAGCUAUAGAACUGAUUCCACCAUUGGCUGUGAUAGUUAAAGCAUUGCCAGAACCAGAUGCGUACGAAAGAUACAAUGAAGCUAUAGAAUUAUUGUAUUGGGUUUUAAUUCGUUUAAGAGAUCCUUACAUAAAAAGCAUUAGUAAAGAUUGUUAUGCAUCCAUAUUGAGAAAAGUACCUUCAGAAAUAUCAGUAGCUGCACCAAAUUUAAUAUUCCAAGUUGCAAAUCCAAAGCAAUCGACUUCAGAAGAGAAGUGGAAAACAAUUGCUCAAGGUCAUACAACCUUUUAUGCUUAUCAUGGUAGUCGUUUAGAGAAUUUUCAUUCCAUUAUACAUUAUGGUCUUCAACAAAGUAUGUGCAAGACAUCAGUUUUUGGUAAAGGAAUAUAUCUUUCAAGUGAGUUAGGCGUAAGUUUACAAUAUAGUCCUGUAGGAUAUGGUUGGGGGGGCAGUGUUCUUGGAAGUGAUAUGAGUUGCUUAGCUUUAUGCGAACUCAUUAAUCAUGUCGACGUCAAAUGUAAAGAUUCAGAAAAUAAUGCUCGGAAUAUGGCUAGGGAUUCUGUAGGUGGAAGAGUUCCAAAUAAAUAUUAUGUAGUAACAAAUAGUGAAUUGGUACGAGUAAGAUAUCUUCUUGUUUACAGUCAGGAAGUUCAAACUGCAAGAUACGCUAAUAAUAAAGGCUUCUUAGCAUGGUUCAAGCAACAUAAAUUAUUAACAUUCAUGCUUGGUUAUAAUAUUUUAAACCAAGAAAAUGUAAAGAAUAUCGAGUCUUCGCUUGUUGCGAUGCCAGGGAAGACUAGAAGAGCUGCUCUAGGUGAAAUAGGCAACAAAGUGAAUGCAGUGAGAGGUGUAGAACCCAUCGACAGGACCAGUUUAUUACAGAAAGAUAAAAAAAAGAUGGUAGUCCUAUCAAAACAAACAGUUAAACCAGCAGAGAAAGUACUGGAAAAACCACCAAUACAAAUUGUUAAGCCUGUAGUAAAGAAUGUAGCGCCUCAGGAAAACAUUGUACCACCAAUUCCUCUGAAGAAAGAGGUAGAAUCAUUCUCUUCGGACCUUUUGGCAGUCGAGGACAUUGACGAGGAAGACCAUGGAAGUCCUACUUUAGUUUCUAUCUAUAGCAAUGACAUAUAUGAGUACUUAAGAACAUUAGAGAAACAAUUCCCUAUUUCAAAAGGAUAUUUAACAGGCCAAGAAGUUACACCAAAGAUGAGGAGUAUACUCAUAGAUUGGCUAGUAGAAGUUCAUCAACAAUUUCAUUUAAUGCAAGAAACAUUGUAUCUUACAGUAGCUAUUAUUGAUAGAUUUUUACAGGCUUUCCGCUCAAUAGAUAGGAAAAGAUUGCAGUUGGUUGGAGUAACAGCUAUGUUUAUUGCUAGCAAGUACGAAGAAAUGUAUUCACCAGAUGUAAGUGAUUUCGUGUAUGUCACAGAUAAUGCAUACUCAAAGGUUGAAAUAUUUCAAAUGGAAAUGCUUAUUGCGAGAACUCUUGAUUAUUCGUUUGGUCGACCAUUACCAUUGCAUUUCCUUAGAAGGUACAGCAAGGCGGGAAAGGCACAUUCCAUACAUCAUACAGCAGCUAAAUACUUUCUGGAACAAAGUUUGGUGCAUUACAACAUGUGUCAGUACUUCCCAAGCCUUCUUGCAGCUGCUGCAAUAUAUUUAGCAUUUGUCGUUAUUAAUAACAAUGACGAGGACAAGGACAAAACGGUCUGGACUAAUACAUUAGUGCAUUAUAGUACCUAUACUAAGGAUGACGUGUUACCUGUGGUACGGGAAAUAGCUAGUAUUAUAAUUAAUGCGGAUAAGGACAAAUAUCAAGCAGUUAGAAAGAAAUACGCUCUAUUAAAGCAUAUGAAGAUCAGUGCCCGCCCGGAACUUCGAUCACAAGUUAUGGUCGCCUUAGCUGCAGCCAACAAAGAAGCAGUAUAAUAAUUGUUUAGAAAUAGAAGUUACAGUGAGAUAUUUGUUUGUACAAUGUUGCGUUGGACAAAAUUAUUACGACAUAAGUAGCGCGCGCGAGGGAGGACCCUAUUUUCGUAAAGCAAAAAGAAGGGAUGCAAAGAGAAAGAUGAGACUAUCUUUAUUCAUCCUUUACCCGACGUAAAAUCUCGUUAAAAGCAGCAUGUAAUUAUAAACAUAAAAUCCUGUUAUAUAUUACAUUGAUUCUUAAUCACAAUUUUAAUUUUAAAAUUCAUUCAAGUAAAUUAUUUGCAAAUAAAGUAAAUAAUCUUUUAAGAAAUUCACCAGAAAAUUAGCGGGUUGGUCUAUAACUCAGCCCUAUUAAAAAUAUAGUCCCAUGCGUAGUCCUAUUAAAAAUGGGACGAUUUUAAUGUUGUAUUUUAACGAGUUACAUGUAGUUUAUGAAGGAGAAAAACUUUAAUAAGCAAUUUCGUGUAACGUCGUUUAUAGAGAGUAUUCCUGGCACCGGUACAGCACAUCGUAUAAUAAAAUAUGCCUGCUUUCUUAGAGCUAGUAGAUACAUAAACACGUGAAUUACUUGUUGAAGGUUUUCUCGCUCUUACACAUAAUUACGGAAUUUAGAGUAACUGUAUACAAAAAGUUUUCUAGUGUAGGAAAGAAAAAGGAAAGCAAGCAUGAGAGUAUAGUCAAACGGUACUGAACUUACUUUUUUUAUUAUUAUAAUGAAACUAAGGAAUAAUGUUUGCCGAUGGAUCUGGCUUUGAAUUGGAUAAAAAUUCGGCAAAAUAAGUUAUAUUAAAAGUCUGAAAAAUCGGAAAGAUUGAGUAAAAAAUGACUUGCUCACCGAAAGUUCCUUUCUGUAAUGGUCGAGUAUAUUAUUUAAUUGUGUCUCGUGAAAAUUGGUGCGUUUAGAAUUAAACCGUACGAUUAACAAUCAUUCUAAAUUGCGCUGUAACUGUAAUAACAUGAUACCUUUACUGUUUGAGAAAUGCGCAUUGGUUUUAACCAAUAUACCUCUCAAGCUGGAUGGUAUUUAAAUAUUCUUUAAAAUAUUUAAACUUAAUUGUUUGCUGAACUUUUAUAUAAUUUAAAACCUGAUUUUUAGGUAUUUAACCCGUAAAUUAUAUCUUUUAUACUGUAAUAUUGAAGGAAUUUUAAUUUUUAUUCACGAUUAUAAAAAGACUUUUUAUUUUGAUAUUAGCUCUAUGAAUAGUUUUAAUGUUAGUUUAUAUAAAUAUACAAGUAUGACUGUUCAUUCCUGGUAUUUUAUCAAUUCACUCGCUGCAUUCGGAGCAUGUAAUUAUCUGAAAUUUAUGUGAAAAGCAUAUCAGUGAAAAAUAAAUUAUAAUAUUCUAGGAAACAAUACACAUCAUUAGCGUCAAUUAAAAUAUUACGCUAUAAUAUUCGUGUUUCAAUUAUUCUCAAGCAGAAUACUUGCUUCAUGUACAAUAAUGAAACCUAAUUUCAUUAUAAUAGCGAUAUAUUUUUAAUGUUAUUUACGUAGGAAAAGUUUAUAUGAAAUGGUCUAUUAUUUAAAUAAAAAAAGGCAAACAUAUUUUCCAGA